AUGACCUUUUCAAACUCCUACGAUUCAUCACAAUCUGCUCCUUCUCCCGCUCCCUCUCCCUCUUCUACCUCUUCAGCGCGUCACUUUCCGCAACAGCAACUACCACAACUACCACAACCGCCGCACCACCAACAGCAACAGCAACAGCAGCAGCAGCUCCCAAACCAAUACUCUCCACAAUCUCAACAUCAGUGGCAGCAGCAACAGCAGCAACAGAUCGCCAUGAUGAAUGGUAUGAACGGGACCAACAUGGCGGCCGGUAUGCCUGUACCCACACCUGCGGGCCACCAGGCUGAACUCAAUUACAUCUACGGUAUGGUCGAGGAGCUUAGCCGCCAACUGGCAGAAAACCGUCGAGUUACAGAGGAUAUCGUCAGCGGACUGGGAAGAGUAAGGAACAAGGCCAAGACACAAGGUGUUAGCAACACACAGGUUAUUGAAAGCGCCGCCGAAGACAUCAACGGCCAAGAACAAAACAUCGACGCUCUCAUUUCCCUCCUUACUGAAUCCCUCGAAAAGGCAAAGUUCAGCCGCGAUUCCAACGCCAAACUUCUCUCCCAAUACGCCAACGCCAUGGCCAACCUUCUGCGACAGUUCCACGAGUAUAAAACUAAGCACGUCAGUGAUGUCGCCUCAUGGCACCGCUCAUAUCGCAAGCAACUCGCUGACGCGCGCGACGAAAACGCCCGGCUGCGCGAACAAAUCUGGCAAAUGCAGGCCCACGCUGGCAAGGCCAACGAGAACCUGCGCGAGUACCGACGAAAGUACGACGAGGACGAGGGCCGUUGGAACAAACUCGUCGAUGAGAAGGCACAUCGCCAAGAACUACGGUUUUGGAAACGCAUGGCAAUGCCUGAGCUGGACGACGACGACCCUUACUGGAGCGACGACGACGAUAUCAUCGACCCGGCUGAGAAGGAGCGCCUGCAUGAACUUGACCUCAAGGCUGCACAAGAGCAGCUCGAUAGCCAGGCAGAAGAUAGUGAUGGUCAGGGCCCACCCCCACAGCUGCCGCUACCAGGAAUGGGAAUUGGUAUGGGCAUGAUGGGAGGGAUUCCCAUGCAGCGAGAAGAAUCAGGGUCUGGACAUGGCGUGUCUUCGCUUCCUCCUCGACCAUCAAGUGCGGCAUCAAGUACAGGCUCGACAGGUCAGUGA